AUGGAGCCGCAGCCCGACAGCCUGGACGGGUGGGUGGCCGUGCGCGACACCGCUUUCGCCGAGCCUCAGCCGCCGCCGCGGCUCCGCUUCCUGGUGGGCUGGAACGCUGUGGAGGGCGCGUUCGCCGUGACCUGUCACGGCCGGGCGGAGGCGGCGGCUCAGGCCCCGCAGAGCUGGGCGGGCCUCUUCUCAGCGCCGGCCCUGCGCGGCAUCCACCGGCAGCUGGCGGCCGUCUGCCCGCGCCUGGAGCCCGCUUUCCCCGAGCUGCCGCCCGCACUGCCCGGAGCUGCCGCCGGCGGGCUCUGGGCCGUGCUGUUCCCCGGCGGCGCGGCGCCGAGCGAGGCCGAGUUGCAGGAGCUGUGCCGGGAGCUGGAGCGCUACCUGGGCUGGGCCCUGGAGCUCUGCGGCGGCCGUGUGGUGCUGGACACGCUCUUCGCCUCUGACAACCCCCGCGACGACGAAUACUUCGAGAGUCUCCAUGAACUCCGAAGGAAGGCCCUGCGCGGCCACCUGGCCCGGGCUAAGGAGGCCCUGCGGCGGGUUCUUCAGCAGCAUAAAAAUGCUGACACAAUGGUGGCUUUGAUGAAGGUUUAUGAAGAAGAAGAUGAAGCUUAUCAGGAUUUGGUCACCAUGGCAACACAAUUCUACCAGUAUUUACUGCAGCCCUUUAGGGAUAUGCGAGAGCUCGCGACGCUGUACAAACUGGAAAUCCUGAAAUCCUUGCAGUAUGAUCAUUUGGGGCCUAGAAGAGUAACAGCUUUGCAGAAAGAUGCUGAGGAAUGGACCAAGCGAGCUGAGAAUGCUGUGUGCUCCAUUCAGGAUAUCACUGUGAACUACUUCAAGGAAACUGCAAAGGCUCUGGAAGCAAUGCACAAACAAAUGGAACAAGACCAGGAAAGAUUUGGUAAAACCACCUGGGCGUCAGCUUUGCCACGACUAGAAAACCUGAAAUGUAUGUUAGCUAAAGAAACCCUUCAGCAUCUGAGGGCUAGAGAGUUGUGCCUGAAACAGAAGAGAGCUGGCAUUCAGAAAAACAUGGAGAACCUCAGCGAACAAGAAGAAAACCUAAGUGUAGUGGAGGAGCUGGAAAUACAAUAUUAUGAAACACAGCUGGAAUUGUAUAAUGUACAGCUUGAAGUAUUGAAACAUGAAGAAAUGCUGCUUAUUGUACAGUUGGACACUUUAAGGAGACAGAUUAAAGAGAAACAGGAUGAAGUUGUUUACUAUGAUACAUGUGAAAAUCCUGAGGAGCUCAAGGUCAUUGAACAGACCAUGGGACAACAUUACUCUAACUUGUCAGAAAUGACGAUGCUGAGGCAGAAGACUAAGCAGUUGGAGACAAAGCGUGGGACUGUCUGUGCGAGGAGAGCCUACCUCAGGAACAAAAAAGAUCAAUGUGAAGCAAGCCAUCACCAGAGACUGCAACAGGCAGAAGAGAGCAAAAAACGCUUCCAGCAGCAUCACAGCAUACAGAUAAAGAGAGAUAAGCAAAAAGAGGAGGAGAAAAAGAAAAAAGCUUGGAUAAGCCAAGAACGUCAAAAAACACUGGAGAGGCUGAAAACAUUCAGAGAGAAGUAUCCAGCUCAUGUUGUUCUGAAAACAUCUCAUUCCCAGCCUCUUAGCCCCACAUUGCCACGAAACGUCACUAAGCAGACUGCAGCACUGUCCUCUCCACCUUUAUCAAAAGCAAGGGCAGCUCCAGAGCAGCCGAAGAGCAUACUGCUAGUGGAAUCCAAAGAAUCAAAAGCUUCACAUCAAAACACCCCAGCAGAUAUCCCUGUCCAGAUUUUUGUUACUGAUGGUGACACAGAGCAACAGAAGCACAGCGAGGAACUGGUGGUCCCUCCACCCUCAUUGCCACCACCACCACCCCCUCCACCCCCUCCUCCUCCUCCUCCACCCCCUCCACCUCCCCCUUUACCUCUCCAGUUAAAGACACCAUCAGCAACAGAGAAUAAGGCACUUGUCCUUAGCUCUGAUAGCCCCACAGAAAGCCCUGCACUGCACAAAGAAGAUGAUUCAUCCAGGAGGUCUAUAAAUCAUUGUGUAGGUUCCAUGGAUGAGGUUUUGGCUUCUUUAAAACGCAGUGAAGUUCAUCUUCGCAAAGUGGAACAGCCAAAUCCGUAUGCCUCUGUUAGAGACAACAUCCUCUCUGCCAUAAGGCAAGGAGUUAAACUAAGAAAAGUGAAUCAAGAUACUGAGAAAGAUGUCAGUAAAGGAUCCUCUCAUGAGCUAGAGAGAAGCAUUAAGGCAGCCAUGCAGAGAAUUAAGAAAGUGUCUGCUGAUUCUGAAGAAGAGAAUGAUGAUCAGAACAGUGGAGAAUGGGACAGCUAACCAAUUCAGGGUAACAGACUUACUGAUUGGAACAGAGUGUGUGUCUCAUUCUGCAUUGUUGUAGAAGACUGUCCCUUUCAAAAUGAAAGAACAGUGUGAUUGUGUGUUCUUCUCAUAGUCCAAAAUGUCUUGUAAAGCAAAAGAGUCCUGUUGAUUUUUAUAGGAGCUGCAGAUUCUUAUUUUUGCAUGAGAAAUCAUACUCCAAAUUAUGCUUGCAUUAAUAGAUAUAUUUCUGUCUUAAAACCAUGUCAUUUUCACUGCAUCUGAAGACAGCUGAAGUGCUGGAUUGAAACAUACAUUAUUUAGGUUAUUACUACACACUAAGUAAUGCCAUUGGAACAAAGUUUAAGGAGUGAAAAACUGACUGAUAUUUAUUUUGUCAGAUAAGUAGAACCAAAUCUGUGAUGAUAGAGGUGGACUGGAAAACUUAGCAUAAUCUGGAACCUGUCAUCCCUACCUCCAUUGUCCAGGAAUUUUUUUAACAUUUUACUUGUCUAAUACAGCUCAUUCUCAAGUAACCACUUGCAUACUCUGUUUAUCAUUUUGUUAUGAAGUGUGUGCAUUUAUGAAAGGGCAUGAUAAUACUAAUUGGGAAAAUUAGUAUUGAAUUUGAAAUGAACACUACUGUAGUUUUUACUGAAAAGUUCACUUUUUAGCCGGAAGCUUAAUUAUAGAGGAUCUUUAGAUGCAGAAUAUUUUUCAUACAUCUACAUUUACAAUUAACUGUUGUCAUGAAAGAAAGAGCCAAAACAGUAUCUGUAGUAGUUUCUGGGAUCUAUCCCAGAGCUGCAUUUCUCCACUGAGAACAUCAGUGCAUGUUUAUAGCUAAUCUCAUGUGUUUAAAAUACCUGAAAGCCUUACAAAUUAAAUUGCAGAUAUUUGCAUUGUGCCUGGAAUCUGACUGUGUAAAAAUUCAGCUACCUUCAAUUCAGACACUGUUUCUAUUUUGGGUAGAUAGUGACAAAAAUGAUUCAAAGUAUCUUUUGGAGUCUAUACUGACCCUUAAUAAAAAUAUAUCCUGACAGAAG